AUGAAGGUUGUGACUACAUUCCACCAGCCAUCGGCGGUGGUCUCCUCCACUUCAUGCCAUCUACUCGCAGAUCGUACCGUGCGACAUCUUGCGGUCGCACGACCGAAUAAGCUUGAAGUAUACUCGGCUGGAGAAGCGGGUUUGAAGCUGGAAAGUACGGCAGAAAUAUGGGGAAGAGUUGAGUCGGUGAAGACCGUCCCAUCUCAGGAGGGCGCGGAGUCGCUACUUAUACUCACAGAUCAUCCCGAUCCUCGAUUGCUUCUCUAUACGCUCUCCACGAAUGAAGAUGGAAGUCAUUCGCUCGCCUGCAAGUGGUCCCUCGACCUCGCAGAACGUGGGCCGCGAGAAGCCGAAGAGCUGCACGACGUGUUCGUCAGUCCCGACGGUGUCGCCGUGGUCGCCAGUGUAUACGCCGGCAAGCUCAAGGUCCUUUCAUUGGAGAAUGACCCUCCCAACGUUCUCGACAUCCCAUGUCUGGAAUGGAAUCUCUUCUCGCUCGCGUUUGUGCCUUCACCGAAUGAGGAGACAUACCAGCUCGCCAUGCUUUUCAUCGACCACCAAGAGCGCAUCCGUCUGCACACGCGCGGUCUCACUCUGGAAAGUGGAGACCUGUCAUCUGAGCCGUCUGGAGUCCUUCGCGAAUGCAUGCCCGAGUCCUUGACCUUCUCGAGGCCCGGGCCACAACUCAUCCCUGUACCUUCUGACGACGAAUUUCCUGGUGGUGUGUUCGUCGCCGGAGGGGCCGUAAUCAGUUUCUACGAGGCGAAGAAGCCCAAGUCGGCGAAGAAGAAGGGCAAGAAGGCAGAGGAGCCGGUUAAGGAAACGAAGGGGAAGCCGCGAGCGUCGGUAUCUUGGCCGUGGACCGAAGUGACAUCAUGGUGCUCCCUGGGAGCUAAGCGGUUCUUAGUGGGCGACUCACACGGACGCCUAGCUAUCCUCUCCCUCGAUCUCUUGGACGUACACGGGUUGCUGCUGAUAGCCCUCGGAGAGGUCUCUCCUGGCGCAACGUUGUCGUAUAUCGACAACCAAGUGGUCUUCGUAGGCUCCGCAUCUGGAGAUUCCCAGGUCGUUCGCAUACGGCCCGAUGCUCACCCGCAGCAUCUUCACCCCGGCCCGCCUGUUCUUGGCCUGAAGCACGCCUCGCCCAAUGACCUGCUUUCAACGUCGUCUUCCACUACGGCGAAGGGGAAGGGCAAAGCCGUAGAAAGUAGCGAGACGAAGAGCGUCACAAAAGGGAAGAUCAUCGCUUCGCCUGGAAGCUAUCUGGACGUCCUGUCGACAUGGACCAAUAUUUCUCCCAUCACAGACGCUGUCCUUGCAGAUACGGACGGCAGCGGAGUGCCACAGAUCUUCACCGCGUCCGGUGGAACGAGCACGGGCAGCAUACGCGUCAUUCGCAACGGUGCCGACUUCAGCGAACUUGCUCAGAUCGAAGGCGCGGGCAACUUCACCGCGAUCUUCCCUAUUAGAGAGACCGUCGAAGCGAGCCGAGACGCUUUCAUACUCGCCACGGAUGGUCUUAUCACUCAACUAUUUCGUGUGCAACCUUCGGGAUGGGAACGCGUCGACGCUGCCAUGGCCGGCUUCUUGCCUAACCUACCCACACUCGCUGCCGGGAACCUGCGUGGACCCGCCGGUCAAUCGUAUCCUGAUGCACCGACGGUCGUCCAAGUCACCACCGACCGUAUCCGACUGUUUGACCUGGACAUAUACGGGACUCAUACGCUGGUGGACGAAUGGAUCGCGUCAGCUCCAAUCGCCCACGCUAGCGUCAACGAGAGUCAGAUCCUCGUCGCGCUCGCGGGUGGGCUUCUCAAGGUGUUCAGUCGCUCAGCGGAUGGUAAACUGCUGUACCAGCGAGAACGCAAGUUCGCCGAAGAGAUUGCGGCAGUUUCCCUUGCUCCUAUGCGCGUCGGCAAAGCGUUCUCGUUGAGCGUCAUCGUCGCCUUCUGGGGAUCCAAUAGUGCCCACAUCUUCGACAUAAUAAAGGAUCUCCAGACGUCCAGUACGAAGCUGCCGAUUGGUGUCUCUGACCUCCACGCACUCCCGCGUUCCGUCUUGCUCCAAUUUCUCGCGAAGGCCGGCGAGCACUACCUUAAAGAAGCGGCUCUCUUAGUUGGACUUGCCGAUGGAACCGUCAUCGCCGCGGGUAUCAAGGAUGGCGCCCUCGUAGACCGUCGGGUCUUCUCCCUAGGAACUGCACCUGUUAGUCUUUCAAAGCUCACGAUCCAAGGACACAGCGCGGUCUUCGCUAGUGGUGGGCGCUCAGCGGUGCUUUCAUGGGCUUCUGGAUCGUUGCAGAACUCUCCCGUUCUCGUCAAGGAUGUCACGGCCAGUGCGGCAUUGUCUGUGGAUGGUUGGGAGUCGAGUAUCCUUCUGUCAACCAAGAACAAUCUCGUCGUCGGGCAAGUUAACGGCGUCAACAGGAUGCAGAUUCGCACGAUUCCGUUUGGCACCAACAACCCAGUCUGCAUCACGCACGAUCCAGAAUCGCACACCUUCGGCGUCGGCUGCAUACGAUCCGACCCGAUCCCGUUACAUACGAGUGUGCCGACGCCGUCCGCUCAUUCGGAUAGCAUCAGUACCUUCCGGGUGCUCGAUGAUACUAGCUUUGAAGGUCUGUCGGUAUAUACCUGCCAGCCUCAUGAAGCGAUCGUCUCUACCACGAGGUUUAUACACCGAGGCGAUAGCGACAGCCGUACGUUCUUUGCAGUCGGCACCAUGUUUACCCACUCGGUCGAACGCAACGAGCCCACCGAGGGCCGGGUCCUUCUCUUCGAUUCCGACCGUCCUCGCGCGACCGACCGCCUGAAGCCUGACGCUCACGCGCCAGUGAAGGGCAGUGUAUACGCAUUGGAAGAGUGCGACGGCCAUCUCAUCGCCGCAGUCAGCAGUGCCAUCGUGGUCUUCAAGUACAAUCGUGCCGAAGGCCCCGACGGGUCACUGCAGUCCGUCUUCGUAUGGAAUCACGACUACAUCGUCGCAAGCCUCGCAGUCCAUGGAUCCCGUAUCUUUGAUGGCGAUGCCGUGCACUCCAUCUCAGCACUUGACCUUACGCGCAUUUCUGGCCAGACGAAGUUGAAGACCGUCGCGAGGAACUAUAGUCCGCUUUGGCCCAAGGCUCUUGGGGCAUGGGACAAGGAUACUGUUAUCGGCGCAAACGCGGACUUCAACUUGUUCUCUUUCUCGCUCCAUAAUAACGGACGGCAGACCUUGCUCGAUCCUGAUGGCAUGUUCAACAUCGGCGAGAAUGUCAACAGAUUCCUUCCCGGCACUCUGAACGCGGAUGACUCUGUACAAGACGCGGAGAUAUCCCCACGGCAACUCUUCUUCACCGCAUCGGGCCGCAUCGGCGCCAUCCUUGAUAUGAGCACCGAGCUUUCCCUUCACAUGUCCGCACUACAGCGCAAUCUCGGCCGCGUCCUUUCACCUAUACCCACGGACGACGACGACGCAGAUGCGCAUGCACGUUGGCGAGCCCCUGUAGGUCGCGGGGGCAUCACGCGGUCGGAUGCAGAUGCUGGAGCCUUCGGCUUCCUUGAUGGCGACUUGCUCGAGCGAUUCCUCGAGCUUAAACCAGAUUCCGAGGCGUAUCAGAAGGUCAUGAAGGGUAAAGGCCCUGCGGAGCGGCUGCAGCUUUCAGGGGAGAAGAUACGUGGUAUACUGGAGACGAUGCAGGGUUUGCAUUAG